GCACCUGAAUGGACAGAGGAGGACCUCAGCCAGCUGACAAGAAGUAUGGUUAAGUUCCCAGGGGGGACCCCAGGUCGAUGGGAAAAGAUUGCUCACGAAUUGGGUCGAUCAGUGGCAGAUGUUACCAUGAAAGCCAAACAAGUGAAGGAUUCUGUUACAUAUACACCAGGUGUCAUUAGGCUCUCCGAGCUUAAAACCCUGGCCCAGAAUUCCAAGAAUGUCAAAGUCAACGUGAAUUUGCCAGACCACAUAAUCACCCAGCGAGAAAGGGAAGAGGAAGAGGAGGAGAUGGGGAACUACGAUCAUAUCCCAGAGCAGAUGGAUGUCCAAAUAGAUCAAAAGGAGACUGUGGCAAGUGAAACUAGAUAUCGCAAACGAAAAAUUGUCAAAGCACCUGAAAUGACUCUGCCAGCAACAAAAGAGGUACCAGAAGAGAAGGGCAGAGGCAGACGUCAGAAAGAUUUUGAUAACACUGAGCAAGAGGAAGAGAGUGGUGAUGAGAGCAGAAAAAAAGAGAAAAGCCGUGUCCCAGAAGAACUGUGGACUCAAAAUCAACAGAAACUUCUCGAAAUGGCCUUGCAGCAGUACCCAAAGGGAACAGCGGAUCGCUGGGAUAAAAUAGCCAAAUGUGUUCCUGGAAAAAGCAAGGAGGAGUGUAUAGCAAGAUACAAGUUGCUUGUUGAACUGGUACAAAAGAAAAAAAUGGCUAAAAGCUGAAUGUUCUGAGCAGAAGAUAUGUAGCUCAUCUUUGUCAAAAUUGGAUUUUAAAUCUCGUGCGGGAAACUGCAUUUUUGUACCUCUACUUCUAUAUGUCAUGUGCCUUAGUAAAAGAAAAUAUUAAUAAAUCUUAUACCAUCCUAC